GUUUACCUGCGGAAAUAUUUUUAUAUUGGCAUCAAUAUCCCUACCUGUUCGGACUGCCCUUCUGCAAGAUACGUGCGUUCAUUUCAGAAGCUUCGACGUACGUCUCCGUGCUCACCAUCGUCGCCUUCUCCAUGGAACGCUUCCUCGCCAUUUGCCAUCCAUUGCAUUUGUAUGCGAUGAGCGGCUUCAAGCGUGCAGUUCGUAUUAUUGCCGCCCUUUGGAUUAUAAGCUUAAUAAGCGCCAUUCCAUUUGGUCUGUGUACGGACAUAGAGUAUUUGACUUAUCCCCUCACCGACGCAAAAAUACCCGAAUCCGCCUUUUGCAGUAUGGUUGAUUAUCCUGAAAGUUUCCCUUUAUUUGAGCUGUCCUUCUGCGUUUUCUUCGUUAUACCGAUGUUGCUGAUUAUAAUCUUGUAUGGCAAGAUGGGCGCGCAGAUACGUUUCAGCACCACGUUGCAAUUGGGUGUUCAACAAGGCUCUAUGCAUCGUGAAUCUCGACAUCAGCAGUCGCGUAAAGCGGUUAUCCGCAUGUUGG